ACACAGAUGAAAAUUAAAGCAGAGAAAAACAAAGGUCCUUCCAGAAGCUGGUGGCAACUUCACUGGGGAGAUAUUGCAAAUAACAGCGGGAACAUGAAGCCGCCACUCUUGGUGUUUACUGUGUAUCUGCUAUGGUUGAAAGAUUGUCACUGUGCACCCACUUGGAAGGACAAAACUGCUAUCAGUGAAAACCUGAAGAGUUUUUCUGAGGUGGGGGAGAUAGACACAGAUGAAGAGGUGAAGAAGGCUUUGAUUGGUAUUAAGCAAAUGAAAAUCAUGAUGGAAAGAAAAGAGAAGGAACACACCAAUCUAAUGAGCACCCUGAUGAAAUGCAGAGAAGAAAAGCAGGAGGCCCUGAAACUUCUGAAUGAAGUUCAAGAACAUCUGGAGGCAGAAGAAAGGCUAUGCCAGGUGUCUUUGGCAGAUUCCUGGGAUGAAUGCAGGUCUUGCCUGGAAAAUAACUGCAUGAGAAUUUAUACAACCUGCCAACCUAGUUGGUCCUCUGUGAAAAAUAAGAUUGAACAGUUUUUCCAGAAGAUAUAUCAAUUUCUAUUUCCUUUCCAUGAAGAUAAUGAAAAAGAUCUCCCCAUCAGUGAAAAGCUCAUUGAGGAAGAUGCACAAUUGACCCAAAUAGAAGAUGUGUUCAGCCAGUUGACUGUGGAUGUGAAUUCUCUCUUCGAUAGGAGUUUUAACGUCUUCAGACAGAUGCAGCAAGAAUUUGACCAGACUUUUCAAUCACAUUUCAUAUCAGAUACAGACCUAACUGAGCAUUACUUUUUUCCAGCUUUCUCUAAAGAGCCAAUGACCAAAGCAGAUCUUGAGCAACAUUGGGACAUUCCCAACUUCUUCCAGCUGUUUUGUAAUUUCAGUGUCUCUAUUUAUGAAAGUGUCAGUGAAACAAUUACGAAGACACUGAAGGCAAUAGAAGAUUUACCAAAACAAGACAAAGCCCCUGACCACGGAGGCCUGAUUUCAAAGAUGUUACCUGGGCAGGACAGAGGACUGUGUGGGGAACUUGAGCAGAAUUUGUCGAGGUGUUUCAAAUUUCAUGAGAAAUGCCAAAAAUGUCAGGCUCACCUAUCUGAAGACUGUCCUGGCGUACCUGCUCUGCACACAGAAUUAGAUGAGGCCAUCAGGUUGGUCAAUGUAUCCAAUCAGCAGUACAGCCAGAUUCUCCAGAUGACCCGGAAGCACUUGGAGGACACCGCCUAUCUGGUGGAGAAGAUGAGAGGGCGAUUUGGCUGGGUGUCUGAACUGGCAAACCAGACCCCAGAAACGGAGAUCAUCUUUAAUUCAAUACAGGUAGUUCCAAGGAUUCAUGAAGGAAAUAUUUCCAAACAAGAUGAAACAGUGAUGACAGACUUAAGCAUUCUGCCUUCCUCUAAUUCCACACUCAAGAUCCCUCUUGAAGAAAGUGCUGAGAGUUCUAACUUCAUUGGCUAUGUACUAGCAAAUGUUCUACAGCAUUUUAAGGAACAUUUUAAAACUUGGUAA